AGAAGAAAUCGAUCGUGACGGCGACGUCGGCGACGACCAUGGCCAGGAUGAGGGCUUCUUCCUCGCUCGCGCUCGCCAUGCUCCUCCUCCUCCUCGCUGCGCUGUCGUUCCAGGCCUGCAGCGCCCAUGGCGGCAUCAACGACGGCCACGGGCAGGUGGACUCCCCCCCGGCGGCCGACGCGGCGUCGUCGUCGUCCAGCCUGCGGUCCAAGGGGCUGAUCGCCGUGAAGGUGUGGUGCCUGUUCAUCCUGCUGGUGUUCACCUUCCUCGGCGGCGUGUCGCCCUACUUCUACCGGUGGAACGAGGGCUUCCUCCUCCUCGGCACCCAGUUCGCCGCCGGCGUCUUCCUCGGCGUCGCGCUCAUGCACUUCCUCGCCGACUCCACCGCCACGUUCGGGGGGCUCACCACCAAGACGUACCCCUUCUCGUUCAUGCUCACCUGCGUCGGCUUCCUCAUCACCAUGCUCGCCGAUCUCGUCAUCGCCGCCGUGGCGCGGAGGAGCGGCAACAACAACCAGGUGAGUGAGCAGCAGGAGGCCGCCGCCGAGGGGGGACACCAGAAGGAGGAGGCGGCGCACCCGGCGAUGCUGGUGAGGUCGUCGUCGUUCGAGGACGCCGUGCUGCUCAUCGUGGCGCUCUGCUUCCACUCCGUCUUUGAAGGGAUCGCCAUAGGGGUCUCAGCGACGAAGAGCGAGGCAUGGAGGAACCUGUGGACGAUCGGGCUGCACAAGAUCUUCGCGGCGGUGGCGAUGGGCAUCGCGCUGCUGCGGAUGAUCCCCAAGCGCCCCUUCCUCAUGACCGUCGUCUACUCGCUGGCGUUCGCCGUGUCCAGCCCCGUCGGCGUCGGCAUCGGCAUCGCCAUCGACGCCACGGCGCAGGGCCGGGCGGCGGACUGGACCUACGCCAUCUCCAUGGGCCUCGCCACCGGCGUCUUCAUCUACGUCGCCAUCAACCACCUCAUCGCCAAGGGCUACCGCACCCACCGCCCCACCGCCGCCGACAAACCCUCCUUCAAGUUCCUCGCCGUCCUCCUCGGCGUCGCCGUCAUGGCCGUCGUCAUGAUCUGGGACUGAUCUCUUGCUCCAUCAAUCUUUGGCUUGUUUAAUUAUAUAACUGUGUACAAAUGUACGUUUGAUUUCUACUAUGCCUUAAAUUACUGUGCUGUACUGUACGUGAUGAUUUACAUGGACAAAACAUUCUGUGCCAUUUAGGUUUGAUCGAUGUAUAAUCAAACCUUGAAUAAACUUGGUUUGUUUCUUUUUUAGAAAAAAGAAAACUAUAUACCCUGUGAAUUUAAAACGUUAUUAAGAGUUUGGGGAGAUGAACU